UUCACCCAGAGCGACCAACGCUUACUCUACGCGUGUAGUUGAUGAGGCUGCCUGCACUCGUUCGUCUACUGAAGAAAAGAAGCACUUUAGGGAGGAAAGAAGAGAAAAAUGAAGAUGGGACAUUUUGAAAUGGUCACCACCCUGCUGGCAGCCAUGACUCUAAUGGACGUCUUCCAGGUGAAGGCGGAAGUAUUAGACAUGGCGGAGAAUUCCUUUGACGACGAAUACCUGAAGUGCAGCACCAGGAUGGAAAUUAAGUAUGUUCCGCAGCUGCUCAAGGAGGAGAGGGCAAACCAUGCACUCCUGGAGACUGUGUGGGGCAAUGCAGAGGUCCUGUGGAAAUCUCGGAAGGCUCAGAUCUCGCCCCCCAUGAACUUCAAGGAUCCCCAUGGAAUAGCCCUGACGGCAUUCGUAACGGAGGCUCAAGCACAGACUCCCUUUUACCACGAGUUCAACAGGGCUGUGACGUUGAUGGGCCAGUCCCGGAAAGACUACAUCUAUGACUUUCACUUCAAGGCCUUUCAUUUUUACCUGGCAAGAGCCCUGCAGAUGCUGAGAAGACCUUGUGAGGACAGCUACAAAGAGGUGGUGUACCUCACACGCCCAGACACUUCCAUACUCGAAGAGCAAACCCAAGCCCGGCUGGGCAACUUCACACUGGCAUAUUCAGCCAAACCCCCGACAGCUGGCAACGAACCAUUGCUAACCAUCUACACCUGCUAUGGGGUUGACGUGGGAAGAUUUUUUGAGAAAAAAAGAGGAGGAGUUGUUUUAAUACCUCUGAGUGAGGUUUUUCAAGUGUCGCAGGAAGGAACCAGCAAUAACCUUCUUCUCCAGAGCAUGAACAGGACCUGCAGCUACUACGAGUGUGCAUACCUUGGGGGUCUAAAAAAUGAAAAGUGUGUUAAAAACUCAGAAUAUAUUGAACCGGUGUAUAUCUACAACCCUGAUCUGGAAGGGCAGAACCUGGAAGACUCUGGUAGGAAAAGCCUCGACUCCACUGGACUACCAGGAAUUAAAGUGCUAGAACCAGAUGAAAAUCCUCUCUGGAUGGAUAAUAAACCUGACAAGCGUCAAGGAAAUGCUGACAAUCCUACUCUGGGUCCCGCCCCCGCUCCAGGCCCCCGGAGCCACCCUUCGGCAUCUUCUGGCAGAAUGCUCCUCCCGUCAGUCACAGCAUCCACUGCGCUCAUUGUCACGUUUGCCGUACGCAUCUUCAUUGCUCUUUAGCUCAAAAUCACACCUUAAUGUUUAUUUGGAAGACGCUAUGGAGAUCCACAGGAGGCCAAGAGAAAAGGUGUCUUUCUUACUCGGGCAGACACACUGUAAAAUAAGAACUGUAUAUUCGUUCCCUGGCUCACAGUUAAAAAGCUGAUCCAGAUAGUGUCAGAGAAUUAACUCCUCAUUUCUGUUUAAGUUUAGGAUUGCAAAAAUCCCAAAGUUGUAUACUUUUGAUUGGAUUCAAUAAACGUUUUAAGUUUAUUAAAUGUUUUCCUGUAGAAUCUCUGGAUAUUAAAAGACCAUUACUAAUGUGGCUAACAUGAAUUUAAUGCCAGAAUCAAAAUGUGAAUGAUACCUGUUUCUCUCUGAAGAACAAAACUAUAAAUAGGCUCUUGUUCCCAGGAGACAAAGCAGCAGAGAACUGUAGGCAGGAAGAGGCCACUUGGGUAUCCCUUCCUUCCAACAGGGAGCUGUUACUUUGCUUGUGUGUAUCUGUCUUCUGUCUUUCCUUCUGACCAAACGUGCUUACAUGAAAGGGGAGAUGUGAUCCUU